AUGACCGACCCAUGCUUGUGUAACGAUGGUCAUGGCCCGUUGAAGGUGCCUGGUUUCUCCGACGUUCCGAUCGAUCUUGAGCUCUGCCCUCAGAAUCGGUUCACUCAUGGUGCGACCGAAUGGACACAAUGGCCGAACCUGACCGCACGAGAACUUGCUAUGCUUGCUCUUAUCAACGACCUGACUGAAGAGCAUGGCUGGCAUGAAAAGGUAUUCAACGAUAAUCUGAUGGUAGACUGGCGUAUGCAGGCACUAUCGAGACCGCUUGUCAGUCCUAAGGCAUGGGACUGGUGCUUAGCCGAGCUGCGGGACAAAGCUCUGUACUUCGAACAAACUGGCAACAUCGUGGUCUUCAACACUGGAGCUGGAAUUAUCAAAUCUGAUGCAGUUGCGGAAAGGAUUCAGACUGAGUUGAGGGAUGCUACGGAGCUGCUUGAAGCGGAUGAGAAAGUCUCGAGGCAGCAUACCGUGCUGGAUCUCGUUGAUCCAAGCCUUUUCCCCUUGGUUUACGGUAGAACGCGCGUUCUGAUGGACUCAGGCCGCGUGACUCUCGACAGUACCAUCAACUCCUGCGGGCGAGGUGAAAUAGUUAUCCCUACCCCGCAUGCCAUGGACCGCGACGAUGAAAGAUGGUCAGCCCGAUACCAAUGGCUACCUUGUGAAGUGGAUUUUGUCAACGACUCGGGAACAGACGUGCGCAUUACGUCUUACGUGAACAAUCUACACCCGAUCCGAUACCGCGCAUUAUAUGGGACAAUCGCAAAACUCGUCUCCCAAUCGAUUGAACCAUGGAAUCAGAUCCUCAUCAAACAGAAUCGUGGUCGCACCCCAAUGCGGAUAAGGACAUACGGUCUUGAACCGGACAACGAGAGGCCUGAGUGGGCUACUCAUGAAAAGCUGAGAGAGCUGGAGAGCAACCGCAGCAAUACCGCAUUCAAGGAAGCCGUCGAUAAGAUCAAAGAGUACCUUGCCUUACCUGAAAGGCUCGAGGAGAAAGAAGGAAAACAAAUCUCACCGACAUGGGAAACUGAGGAUGGGGGCUUGUGGACAGCACUCUACAGAAAGUGGACAAGACUGAGAACCUGGCAGCAUCCUGAGCCUGGCACAGCGUUUGGUUUUAACGAUUGGAAGGCUGGUCGGGCGGAAAAGGCAAUAAUUGACAUGAGGAUCGUAUAUCCGGACUCCAACACUUGCCACAAUUUCUACAAGGUUGCCUUGCAAGACAGCUUCCGCAAAAAAGGCCUCCAAGUUGUCGUCAAGAUUUCAUCGAUCGAGUUGACACCAGAAGACUCAGCUUAUGACGGUACUGAUUGGCACCUCGACGGGAUGCUAAACGACCACAUUGUGGCUUCCGCUCUCCAUGUGUUCGAUAUCAAGAAUGUAACAGAGGCACGACUUUCAUUUCGUCAACAGACCAGGAUGGAACAAGGGGAAUUCCACUAUGAAGGAUGGAAAUUGGAGAGCCUAAUGGAUGUGUUUGCAAUUCCCGGCGAUUCAGAAGACAUUGACGGCUCCGUCACGUGUGGUUGCCCGGCCUCUCUCCAGGAUCUGGGGUCGGUCGUUGCACCUCAAGGCCGUCUGCUGGCGUGGCCGAAUGUUCUCCAUCAUCGUAUGGAGCCCAUGCAGCUGCUUGAUCCCACCGUGUCAGGUCACUGCAAGUUCAUAUCUCUACAUCUAGUAGAUCCUCAUUAUCGAAUAUGCUCGACAAGGAAUGUACCUCCACAACGACACGACUGGUGGGUCGAAGAGGCAAUUGAAGCGACUGGAGCGGCCAAGCAUGGCCUCCCAGCGGAACUGAUUCAUCAAAUUGACGCUGAAACUGAAAAUUGGCCGAUGGGUAUUGAAGAAGCGGAGAGAGUAAGAUUGGAGCGUGAGCAUGAGCAGAAUACUGUGGAGAGAUAUAUCUUCAAGGAGGGUGCUCAUAGAUAUAUAUUUGGUACAAUCUAG